AUGCCGCAGCGAGAACAUCUCUGGAAGCUAGAAGACGAUUGGACGGGGGUCAUCGACCGAACUCGCCGCCGCCAGCUGCAAAACCGCCUGAAUCAACGAGCCUAUCGCCAGAAACAAAAAGCUGCUACGGGAGAUCCAUCAUACUCAUUUUCUUCUUCUCCAUCCAACACUCACACUUUAAUUCCGCAUUCCUCCUCUAGCAUUGACCCCACUGCAUCAGAGGAAGACGAAGAUCUCCGCUGCCAUUUCGCCCCCCAUAACGCCCGUCACAUCCGCCAUGCCUUCACCAUCCUCGCCACUCAAAGCUACCUCACCAACUCCCCUCGCCUCGAACACCUUCUCAGUCUCUUCCGCCUGAAUGUCCACCGCGCCAUUAACGAGAAUAUCCGCAUUCUGUGCAUGACCCCCGCCUGGCUCCAACCCGACGAUGCCCUCUCCAUCUUCAACUACCACAGCAACAACAACCUGCCACCACCCACCAGCAGAAGCUCGGAAGAGAUCUCGAUCCCGAAUGUAGAUAUAUCAACCCUCCCCGAAAGUCUCCGACCCACGGCCCUGCAGCGCCUCAUCCCGCAUCACCCCUGGCUCGACUUCUUCCCGAUGCCGGAAAUGCGGGAUCGGUUGAUCGUGGCGGCGGCCACGGGGCAGUUGGAUGAGGAUGAGCUGUGUCGGGAUCUCAUGGCGUUUUGGGAUACCAGGAACUCCGGCGCGACGUUGGUGGUCACGGAGGAGUUUGUGAAGAAGUGGAGGUGGGCGGUUAUGGGGUUGGGAGGGUUGGUGAGGAGUACGAAUUAUUGGAGGGGAAGGAGGGGGAGGGAGUGUUGA